AUGAAUAGAAUAGUACACAAGGUUAGCUGUGCUAUUGCGCUUCUACGUAGUCAGUACAUUAAUUUUCCUGAUAACCCAGAGGAAAUUAGACGGACACAGUUGGAAUUUUACCGAAGAGCCAAGUUCCCGAGAGUUGUUGGUGCCAUUGACUGCACUCAUAUUAAAUUAUGGCAAUCACCAAGUGGAGAUACUGCAGAGCGUUUUAGGAAUAGAAAAGGGUACUAUUCAUUGAAUGUCCAGGCAAUAUGUAAUGCAAAUCUGGAGGUUAUGGAUGUAGUUGCAAGGUAUGAUGGAAGCACUCAUGACUCAAGAAUUUUUCGAGAAAGUAAAAGAAGAGCUUUGUUCGAGCAAGGAGUGUAUGGAGAUGCACUAUUAGUAGGAGAUAGUGGCUACGCCUGCACUAGUUACAUGAUGACACCACUCCACGAAUGCUAUACACCAGCCGAACAAUUGUACAAUGAGUCGCAAAUCCGGACGAGGAAUCCCAUAGGAAGAUUCUUUGGUGUUUGGAAACGACGUUUUCCCAUCAUGGCUUUGGGGCUAAGAGUGAAACUUAUACGUGUUUUUCCUAUUAUCACUGCGACAUUAGUUUUAAAUAACAUUGCCCGUAGAGCAGGAGAGGAAGUCCCUAGAGGACUUGAAAUUAUACUACCUGCUCCUUGGGAAGAAAUACUUGCCCAGGACGACAUCCCAAAUGAAUAUAUGGACAUACCAAACCCCACACAGCGUAGGGUAAAACACCAAAAUCGUGAACGGCAGGUGUUAUUGACAGUCAUUUUGAGAGAUUGGCUGCACAGGAUCAACAAUAAUACUUCCGUCACGAGUUGUAAUAUAAAUAUGUUGUAA